AUGCGCCCUCUUACCGUAGCCGUGCUGGUGGCGGUGGUGGUGGACGUGGCGGCAGCCGUCGUCUCGUCGACGCCUCUACCGUCGACCCUGUCGCCACUGUCCGCCUCGGGCUCCUCACAGGAUCUCUGCUCCGUAUACGACCCCUUCAAAGUGUUGCCCGACAAUAAUAAGUUCCAAAUCGGCGGCUCGUUCCCGCUGCACGCCGAGGAUUGUCGCGAGCUGCGCCCUGACACUGUUCAAGAAAUCGUGGCAAUCCAGUGGGCGCUGACCCAUUGGAACCAGAACCCGAACAACUUCAACGCGAAGCUCGGCCUCUAUGCCGGCGACUCGUGCUCCAGAUCGCGGGAGGCUCUUUCUCAGAGCCUCCGUUUCCUCGACUCUCUUGGCUUUUUGGAGCCGGCGGAGUGCCGGAAUCAUGCGCCGCCCGCCCGAUUGCUAGGAGUGAUCGCCCCGAAAGACGCCGGCUCUUCCGGUCUCCUUGGCCGCGUCGUUGGCCAAGCCGCACUCCCCGUGGCCUCGUACUCCUUGGAGUCGUCGACCGUCCUCGCCCAUCUCCACCCACAGACGUUGAUCUCUACCACGCCCACAAUUGCUGUCUAUAUUGAGGCGGCCAUCCGUGUGCUCGGCCAAUUCCGCUCAAACCUCGUGAUCCUCGUCGACAGCGGCGCCGACCCAUCACUCACCCAAGCCGUCACAAAGCAGCUGAAAGAAGCCGAUAUCCACGUGGCCGAAACGGUGUCCAUCGGCGAGCCGGCCCUCAUCCCGGCCCUCACCACGUCGGAGGCCACUAUCGUGCUCUCGAUCCUGAACCUCGAUCAGCUCAUCUCGGUGACCACCCACUCGCUGGUGUCUUCGCUUGAGAAGCUGUGGGUGAACGUGGCGCUGGAGGGUGAAGCGCUGCCUGAUGAUGAACUUCCAGCGCUCGUUCCCGAGGGUGCUGCCCUACAGGUGACCCUGGUCCAACCGCGAUUCUCCGAAUUGCCCCAAUUCCGCGACUACUUCCUGCGCGUGCUGAAGAACAACUACCAGAGCUAUUCGCUGCUCACCUCAUAUGUUAAUCAGGUCUACAACUGCACCGUAGACGAUUGCGAGCUGGCCGAUGCGAUGAUGGCCGAAAAAUAUGUGCAG